AUGCCCCUCAAGGUUAUUGUUGUCGGUGCUGGUCUGGGAGGCUUGGGGGCUGCGAUUGCCCUGAACCGAUCUGGCCAUGAGGUCCAAGUCAUUGAGCAAUCCGGCUUUCUCAACGAGGUGGGAGCAGCUAUUCACAUGGCUCCCAAUGCCACCCGCGUUCUACGCUCAUGGGGGGUCGAGCUCGAAAGCCUGCGACCUGUCCAGUGUAAUCAUCUAGACGUGUGGGAUGCGAUGGGCAAUCAUCUUUGGACGCCUGCUGUGACCAAAGAGCUUCAGAAGUCACUGGAUAUCUCGGACGACUGGGUAUUGGCCCACCGCGUUGACCUGCAUAAUGCUCUGCGCGUUGCGGCCAGACGAGAAGUCAAUGGUAGAAAGGUCGAUAUUCAAUUAUCCUCGCGGGUUGCCUCAGUUGAUUCUGAAAACGGAGUCGUUACGCUCGAGAACGGAAUGACCUACACGGGUGACCUGAUCAUUGGCGCGGACGGAAUACAUUCUAAAUCCGUCAGCGGUGUCACUGGCGAGGACGAAAAGAAAGAAAGCACCGGACAAAAUUGUUUUCGGCUCAUGGUUCCUGUCUCAAAAAUGCGUGCUAAUCCUCUGACCGCAUCUCUGGUCGAUAAGAUCGGCUUGGAUGGCGUGCAUGCGUUCAUUGCACCAGAUCGACGUUUGGUAAUUUACCCGUGUCGCGGAGGAGAGCUCCUCAAUAUCGCAGGUAUUCACCCGUCUGAUCCCUCGUCGGAGGCUAGGGACGCAUCCUGGCUCGAUUCCGGUAGUAUGGACCAUCUGCUUGAGACAUAUAAAAUGUUUGGUCCAGAGCUCCAGGAGAUGUGCCGCCUCGCGGAGGACGUGAAAUUAUGGAGUCUGGCAUCACGUCGCCCUCCUUCGAGCUUUGUCAAGGGCAAGCUCGCGCUAGUUGGUGACGCUGCGCAUCCCACCCUUCCUCACCAGGGUCAAGGGGGCGCACAGGCGUUUGAGGAUGGCGCGGCUCUUGGAGCAAUUUUUACCCAGGACACAACGCCGGAGCAGAUUCCCCAGCGGCUGGAGUUAUAUAAUAAGAUCCGCUAUGACCAUGCAGUGACAGUAAUGAUGAUGUCCAAGACGCACGAGGAGCGUCGUGGAGAAAUGCUGGACGAACUGCGCCAGUAUGUGCCCGACGCCGAGAUUCCGAAGAGUAUGUUCACCUUUACCUGGGGCUCUGAUCCUGCUCAGGAAGCUUCAGAUUUCCUGAUAGCUGCAAAUUGA